AUCAACAUCAUCAUCAUGUCGGUCUACUCAACUGUCCCAAAUUCAAAUAUAUUUUUCAAACAAGUUUCGGAUAGCAAUAGAAAUUUUCAUAAUAGUUUAUUCAAUAAUAAUUUCGAUGAUGGAUUCAUCACUAAUAACAAUGAAAAUAAUCGUAAUACGAUAAAAUCAACUUCAACCAAUGUCGCAAUCGAUCACGAAUCAUUAAAUCAAGAGGAAUUUCAAAUUGCAUUAACACCACCAAAUACACCGACACAUGGUGUUAUAAUCAAUACGACUGGACCACCAGAAGAUGAACCAUUACCAACGGAAACGGAUAAUGAUCCAUUUGGAGAACCACGUACAUUUAUUCUAAUGAAUAAUAGUGAUUCAACACAAUCUACUCCAUCGGAUUUACGUUCAAUGUGUGAUACACCAGAUUCACAAGAACCAUGGAAUAUUCCACAAUUAUCGCAAUCAAGUGGACCUAAAUUUAAUGAAUUGGAUUUCAAAGGAAAAUUCUUGCAUAUAACAAUAAUAAUCUUGAAAUUUACCGCCAUUGUAUUGUUAUUAUAUUCAUUUAUUUGUUCAUUGGAAUUAUUGAGUACAUCAUUUCGUUUACUUGGAGCACGUGUGAUUGGAAAUUUUUUCCAGGACAAUGAAUUAUUACAGAAUCCGGUUGUUGGUCUUAUGAUUGGAGUAUUGGUAACCGUAUUAGUACAAUCAUCAUCAACAUCUACAUCGAUUGCUGUUACUAUGGUUGCAUCAAGAAUUAUUCAUGUUCGUCAAGCUAUACCGAUUAUGAUGGGAGCAAAUAUUGGAACAUCGGUAACGAAUACAAUUGUAUCUUUAAUGCAAUCGGCUGAUCGUGAGGAAUUUGGACGUGCAUUUGCUGCUGCAACCGUACAUGAUAUGUUUAACUGGUUGACUGUAAUGAUUUUAUUACCAUUGGAAAUGACCACACACUAUCUGGAACGUAUUACAACAUUUUUAGUUACACAAUCAACUGGUGAACUACAACAGGACAAAUCGGCAAAUCAUCAAUUUCUUAAUCAUCUUACAAAACCAUUGACAAAUCGUAUCAUUCAGAUUGAUAAAGAUCUAUUGGAAGAGAUGGCUUACGGAAAUCAUAGUGCACUUGAACCAAAUCGCCAUCUAUUGAUUCGUUGCUGUAGUAAGAGUGAUCUUCCAUGUUAUCGAAAAUGCUCAUUAUUUGGUUGGCUUGGUUUUGCUGAUACACCAACCGGUUUAAUACUACUUGGUCUUUCCAUUCUAGUUUUGUGCCUCUGUUUAAUGUCAUUGGUCAAAGUACUCAAUUCAAUGUUAACUGGUCAAAUAGCGAAAUUAAUCAAAAGUACCAUGAAUCGUACAUAUGCAUUCCCGUAUUCAUUAAUUGCAGAUUAUUCUGCAAUUUUAGCUGGUUGUAUACUUACCAUAUUGGUGCAAUCAUCUUCGAUAUUCACAUCAGCAUUAACACCGUUAGCCGGUAUUGGUAUUAUAUCAUUGGAAAAGAUUUAUCCGCUGACAUUGGGUGCAAAUAUCGGUACAACAACUACUGGUAUAUUAGCAGCAUUAGCCGCUGAUCCAAAUCGUUUACGUGAUACAAUGCAAAUCGCUCUUUGUCAUCUCUUCUUCAAUAUUUCUGGAAUUUUGUUAUUCUACCCAAUACCUUGUACACGUAUUCCGAUUCCACUGGCACGAAUGUUAGGACAUAUUACAGCCCGAUAUCGAUGGUUCUCAAUAUUCUAUUUAUUGCUGAUGUUCUUCAUGCUUCCUCUCAUCGUUUUCUCAUUAUCGACAUUAGGUUCAGUCACGAUGUUGGUUGUUGGUAUCCCAUUCAUGCUUUUGACCAUGAUAAUCGUGACAAUUAAUUUAAUUCAGCAUCAUCAUCCACAUUGGCUUCCAUCUUGGCUGAAAAAUUGGCGAUUUCUACCACUAUGGAUGCGAUCAUUAGAUCCAUUAGAUCGACUUAUAUCGCGCCUGACGGAAAAAUUAGGAUGUGCAAAUUGUUGUGCUACAAGUGGCCAAUUGCAACAUAUACGAUUCGAACGUGGUCAUGAUGGAACCAAAUUAUUGGGUCAUCAUUCGGAUACACAUCAUUCACAGUUACAUAUAUUGGGAGCAAUGUAUCGUUCGAGCAGCGAGCAAAAUCUAAAUGAAAGUCUUUUAAUGGAAAGACAUCGACAUCAUCGUCAUCAUCAACCAUAUGAUCGACCAAGUGUUCCGGAAACAAUUAAAAGAGUGAUUUCAAAAUUAGCUAAAGCAAGUCAGAUAAAUUUAAGUCAUCAAAAUAUCGGCAAUGUUGGCAAUGGUGUGGGUAGAAACAAUAUGAAUCGUCGGCAUCGAUAUAGUCAUGAUUGGCAACGAUCGUCAGCAACAACGACAGAUGAUUCACAUCCGAAUUGGUCAUUAUUCAACUCACAUACAGUACAUGCCGGAUCUCAAGUACAUCGUUAUCAUUAUCCUAGCGCACUAUUUUCACGCGCUAAUAACACACAGAUGGAAUAUGUUACGACAAGAAAUAAUAAUCAAUCAACGGAUAUUGAUCAUCCUUUAAAUGAAAUUGAUCAGAAUAUUAUUCCAUUAUCAUCAUCCUCACCGCCAAAUAAUGAUCCAUUAGCAACAGUGGAUGAAACUAAAAUUCUCUAAGUGUUUUUUUUUCAUACAUAAAUGUUGCAUGAAAAUAAUCGAAUCCAAAUCUUCGUCAUCAUUUUCAUUAUUUAUCAUCGACAACAUAAAUAGAUGAAA